AUGGCGAGCAAGCAGACCCGCCUCGUCCUCGUCCUCGCCGCCGUCGCCGCAUGCCUGCUCCUCCUCCCGGCCGCCUCGGUCGCCACCGACGUCGAUUACUGCAGUAAAAAGGACUACCCGGUGAAGGUCAGCGGGGUGCAGAUCGUGCCCGAUCCGGUCGAACCCGGCCAGCCCGCCACUUUCAAGAUCUCCGCUUCUACUGAUAAAACCAUUGAGAAGGGGAAGCUGCAAAUCGAUGUUAAAUAUUUCUUCUUCUACGUCCACUCGGAAACUCGCGACAUCUGUGGAGAGACUUCCUGUCCAGCAACUGGUGACUUCGUGCUAUCUCAUGAGCAGACAUUACCAGGAUUCACUCCACCGGGCUCUUACACGAUCUACAUGAAGAUACUUGGGGACGAAAACGAGGAACUGAGCUGCAUCUCGUUCGGGUUCAGCAUUGGGUUCGUCGCGUCCAGCUGA